AUGGUCCACCCAAGACUAAACGUCGACGCCUUCCGAAUGCCUGUGAUAUAUGUAGAAGGCAAAAAGCUCGAUGCGAUAGCGCGGAGAUGCCAGGUGGACGAUGUUCGAACUGCAUUGCUUUUGGGUCAGAGUGCACACAUUCGUAUUUGGGGAAAGAGGCACGUUAAUUCUCCCAGUCUGACUCUAAGAUUCACCUUGUCCUUUCAGAUUGGAGCUAGAACUAUCGCGAGCUCCAUCCCCCAACGAUCUGCCAAAGACCACAUCUCUGCCAUCCUCUCGGGCUCCCAAGAAUAUACGACAGGAGACUACCAAGUCCUGGUUGCCAUCGCGCAAUAUGCAAGGAGGCUUGAAGAGGCCUUUAGUAUCAAGACAACUCUCGCAACACCCGAAGAUGCAGCUGCUUCACCAGCCUAUCCAUCACCAGAAUCAUCCUCCGGCGAAACCGACGGCGACGGCUCGUUGGACAGCGACGAUGAGGGAGUGCUUCUGGACGAGAAUGUACCCGACAGAUUGCGCGAAGUUGCGCGAAAUGCGUCUACCAAUCGAUUCUAUGGACGGUCAAGUAGCAUCAACUUCGUCAAAGCAUUAAUGCGGGUCAAAAUUGAAGCAACCGGUGAGGGAAUAGCUCCUCGGGUCCAGUGGGCGCGUCCUCAGUUUUGGGGAAUAAAGCCUUGGGAGCGACCUACCGAGAUUUACGUGCCUCAAAUCUUCCCCGAACCCGACCUCUUCGACUCCCUCGUGAAGCUUUAUUUCCUUCAUGUCAACCCUCUCACGUAUAUUCUCCACGCUGCUACUUUCCAUCGCGCUGUUGCUGCCGGUCUUCAUCUGGUCGAUCAGAAGUUCGGCUCUGUCGUGCUCGCUGUGUGUGCGAUUGGAGCUAAGCUGUCUAACGACCCACGAGCGCUAUUGGAAGGAACCGAUGACUGGAACAGUGCUGGAUGGAGAUGGUGGAGCCAAGUCCGACCCAUACCAAAGAGUUUUGUUCAAUGCGCGACUUUGCAUGAUUUGCAGCUUAUCAGUCUCGCCGCGUUCUAUUUAGGCUCAUCCUCGACACCGGAAGUUUGCUGGACAACAAUCGGUGCAGGGCUUCGAAUGGCAACAGACGUUGGAGCUCAUAAACGUAUGCGGUCCAGUGGAGACACCAUUCGAUCCGAGCUCUACAAACGAACAUUCUGGACGCUGCUCUGGUCGGACGCUAUCAUGUGUAACCUGUUGGGACGGCCGCGAGGCGCUUCUUGGAAGGAUAUCGAUCUGGACUAUCAUGCUGUUCUCGAAGGAGAAAAUCCACUGGUUCGACCAUAUGCCGCGUGCCUUAUCAAGUUGCUCAAUAUCCAGGCCCAAGUCCAAGACAUCAUCUAUGGGUCGAAGGACGCGCAAUAUCGCCAAGGAAUGGUUUCUGAACUCGACUCCGCUCUAAAUCAAUGGGCCGAUACUAUUCCUCAAGACUUACGAUGGGACCCGAGUCAACCGGAUCCAGUCCAAAUGAAUCAAUCUGCCGUUCUCUAUACUAUCUAUUAUCACAGUAACGGUUUUCCUUCCUGCUAUGGUAUCAUCGUCUUUGACCAAGUUACAGCUCAAAUCCAUCUCCAUCGCCCGUUCAUCCAACCGAAAAGCCCUUCGUUAUCGGCUACCUCAUUCCCCUCACUGGCCAUAUGCUGGAACGCAGCAAGAUCGUGCGGGCAUGUGAUGGAAAUGCAGUGCAAGAACGGUCUGGGGUUGCUUUGGAGCCCGCAUGUCAUGGGUGCCAUGUUCGACUCCGCAACCGUCUUGCUCAUGAGUGGCUUCCAUCAAUCGCGGCCGACGACGGACGAAAAUCUCUUGCGAUGCCUGAAGGUUUUGCGGCAGUACGAAUCGCGUUGGCACACAGCUGGUCAGAUGGUGGACAUCCUCCAAGGGAUGCUGGAGGUCGACAAGAUGCCUGCCUCCCUCAAGCGCUCGCGAAGCACUGAAGACGAAGCAGACUAUGUCGAGGCGACCCCGAUCAACGCGCCGACCCAGCUUGGCCCUAUUCCGGCCAUCGAGGAGCAGUUUUACAUGCCCUUGCGAACAGAAGACCUGGGGCGACUGCCUACAUACCCGCAGUAUGACGUGGACUCGUUUUUGUUCUACCCGGACGCGUUUAAUGCGCUGCAAGUCAUGAACGCCAAUAGCCCGGAGCAGAAUGAUUAUGGGUUAAGCGGGGCGUCUGCGGGUGUGGAUACUAAUGGGUGGGACGGCUGGACUACGUAUCCGAAUGGCUAUUGA